GCAACAUUGGACUGAUAAUUUUUUAAUCAACACAAAAACUUGUCAUUUUAUGUAAACCUGUUUUUAAUAAAUAGUAUAUGGUUUAUUAUAGUUUAUGCAUGAUGAUGAUCAAAUAUAUUGUAUUUAAAUUGUGAGACUAACCCCCACCCCCACCAAAAAAAAAAAAAAAAAAAAAAAAAAAAAAGAAAAGAAGAAGAGUCUAUGGUGGGGAGCCCUUAUAAGACUUGAUUCAAUUCUGGUAUAGAAUCUAGGGUGCAAAAAAAAAAAAAAGCAUUCUCCACGAGAUAAACGUUUUACCAAUCUUUUAAUAUGUCGUGCGACAGAACAGAGACGGAGCAGCUGCGCUGCAGAGGUUUUGUCCUCUUAACCUGGAUGUUGCGCCCAGAAGAGCAGACGGACUUUGACGUCGGCUAAGAAGGAGGUACACUAACAUCAACACAGACAGUUACAGCGCAUAUAAGAUUGUAAUCACCACACGGUGGAGCAAAGGGACGCAAACUUUAUUCCCACAUUUGAACCGAUGAACCGAGCAACAAAGUUCAGCAAUUGAAGAAAAAAAAAAAAAUCUUCCUGCAUAUCAUCCAACACUUAAACUCUACUGCAAAUAACUGUCCUCUCUAUGGAUCGCAGUCUCUUGUCAAAAUGCCACAGCACAUUAAAUGUUUUGCUUUCCCCCAGAAAACAAUGCAGUGACAUUUGUUCAAUGUGCGCUCAGAACGGAUUGCGAUGAUUGCGUCCAACUUGAGUGUGAUCAGUUGCAGGAGGGCGAACAGCGCGCUGUGCCUCAGUGCAGUGGAGGAACAUUUGGAGGCGUCCUCCUCCUAUCGCAACCUCAGUCCAACCGGCCACCUGCUCGUGGCUGUGACCUUGGGCUUCAUCGGCGCUUUCGGAUUCCUCAACAACCUUCUGGUUCUCGUGCUCUUCUGCCGCUACAAGAUUCUGCGGUCCCCCAUCAACUUUUUGCUGGUGAAUAUUUGCUUGAGCGAUCUCCUGGUAUGCGUGUUGGGCACGCCGUUCAGCUUUGCGGCGAGCACUCAAGGGCGAUGGCUCAUCGGUGACACUGGAUGUGUGUGGUACGGCUUUGCCAACUCGUUGUUAGGCAUUGUGUCACUUAUCUCUCUGGCCGUGCUAUCAUACGAACGGUACUGUACAAUGAUGGGCUCCACUGAGGCUGAUGCCACCAACUAUAGGAAGGUGGCCGGUGGGGUAGUGAUGUCCUGGGUCUACUCUCUAAUCUGGACUGUGCCCCCUCUUUUUGGUUGGAGCCGCUAUGGCCCAGAAGGCCCCGGGACCACCUGCUCUGUAGACUGGACAACAAAGACAGCCAAUAACAUCUCUUACAUCAUUUGUCUUUUUAUUUUUUGCCUUAUUGUCCCCUUCCUGGUCAUUGUCUUCUGCUAUGGUAAACUGCUGCAUGCCAUUAAACAGACAGAAGACCAUUUUCCAGUUGUACACAACUCUGUAAGUUGUUUCCUUGUCAGACCUGCAUUUAGGUUUUGUUGUGUAGCUCUCCAUGCCCUAGUUUCUCCCUCGUGUUUCAUUGUGCCCUUAUUUGGUUCUUCCCGUUCCUGCUCCUAGUGUGUUUCAUUUGUCUCAGUCCACUCCAGUGUUCGUUUGGGCCCCUGGUUCCACCACAGUGUGAGCUCCAGCCCCUGAGUCCGCUCCAGUGUCAGUUCCAGUCCCCGACCAAAGUUGAGAGAUGGCUCUAGCCCCCAACCCGAGUCGAGAGAGAGCUCCUGUUUCCACGUCCAGCCCGGAGAGGGCUUCUGUUCCAACGUCCAGCCCACAGAGAGACUCUGUUCCCAGGUCAGGCCUAGGGAGGGCUCCAGUGCCUAAAUCCAGCCCAGAGAGGGCUCCUGUUUCCACGUUUGGACCAGGGAGAGCCACAGUUCCAGAGUUAAGCGCAGGGAGGCCUGUUGUUCCCAUGUGUGGCCCACAGGGGCCUCAGAUCCUGAGUCAAGCCCAGAGCCGGUUCCAGGCAGGGAACCCAAGAUUUUCCCAAGGAAUUUUUUUUUUUUCUGGGAAGGCUAUAUGGCUUGGGCAGUAGGGGCGGGGCCUAGUGCUAAUGCAAUCCCACCAUGGCCACCUGAGCUCCCUGCUUUGCCUUGGCCCCCCGAACCGUCUGCUUCGCCAUGGCCCCCUGAAUGGCCUGCUCCGUCAUAGCCCCCUGAACUGUCUGCUCUGCCAUGGCUAGCCGAGCCACCUGCUCCGCCAUGGUACCCUGAACUGCCUGAUCUGCCAUUGCACCUGGAACUGCCUGAUCCACCAAUGGCACUCUGAAUAGACUGAUUCGAUAUGGGUCCCAGAUCUGGUACCACUCUGUAGGCCUUCCAUCCCAUGUAAGCCUGACCCCAUUUGGUUCUUCAUGUUCUUGCUUCUAGUGAGUUUCAUUUUUCUCGGGUGUGUCUCGUUAUCCCCUUGUUAAGUUGUGUAUUUAAAGAGUGUUCGGUUCCUGGUUUCCUCAUUCUGUUUCUUACAUCAUUCUGUGACUCCUGCAUUCCUGAUGUUCCAGGCUUUUGGUUAUUAAAGUCUGUUUAAAUUUAUUUCUAUGUCUCCUCAUCUCCUCCCACCCUGCUCCUCAGGAGUGUGACAGUUCUGUAUUGGCAAAACAAUUAACAGCCAUCAAGGUAUUAGCACCACAAACAUCCCAUAAAUCCCAUCACAUUUUUGAGGGCCUUAACAUGCUCCAAAACUCAUGAAACUGCACACGUGUCAGAACUGGCAAAAAUGUACAUCUAAUAUGGGUUUUAGAAGUGGUAAUGGAAGAAUGGCUCAACAGUGCCACAUAUACACAUUCAAUGGAGUGUGCCUCGCGCUACAUAUUACGUACAUGUACAAUAAUUGGUACACACA